AUGGAUGGCGUGGCGGAGCUGGAGGGGCAGCAGCCGAUGCAGCUACAGCAGCAGCAGCAGCUGCAGCAGCAGAAGCAGCAGCAGCAGCCGCAGAAGCAAAAGCUGCAGCAGCUGCAGCGGAGGGCCUGGCCCUCAGGGACCAAUGGACCUAAAGCUUCCGCAUGCAGGCUGUCUAAUGGCAGCAGCAGCAGCAGCAGCAGCAGCAGCGCCGCUGCAGCACCCUUCGCUGCUGCUUCCUCCACUGCUGCUGAUUCUGCUGCCUUUUGCAGCAACGACAGCAGCAGCAGCAGCAGCAGCAGCAAGAUCGCAGCCUUGGGAGCUGCUAUGCUGCAGCAGCUAGAGGAUGACUGCGAAGCAGCAGCUCGAGGGGCCCGACAGAGAGCUGAAGAGUUCGCUACCUUCAUAGACGACCAAAUUGCUGAGCUGGAGCAACUAGCUAUGGAGAGUGCCCAGCUGCAAGCUGAGGUAGAAGAACUAAAUGCUAAGACGGAGCAAAACCUUCGGGAGGUGCAAGUGCUCCUUGAGGAGGACAAGGCAAGGGCAGUAGACGCUGAGUUGGCUCGCGUGGCUGCUGCAAAGGAGAAGGUGGAGCUGCGGCUGCAGGCGGCACAGCGAAAGUUAGAAGCCACAAGGAAAGAGUUCGCGGUGGUUUCCUCGCAAGACGCGCACUCGAGGAAGGAGUGGCGGGCCAGAGUGGAUGCUUACAGCUUCACUCACGCUUUGAAAAUCUAUCAGCCUGCAGGCGAGAGGUUCACCCGCAUUUGUUUCAUGAAUCUGGACAAGGCUUUGCCUGCUCUGGAGUGUUUUGUGGACAUCUCAUUCCAGCAGCAAACUUGCCAUGCCCUUUGCCUCGCAGGCAGCUAG